AUGGGUUUAGAAUCGAGUUAUUAGGAAAUGAUCAAUUAGCACGGCUCGGCACUCGAACGGCGACGCUGGUUCUUCGACGGCAUUCGAGAUCGGCGGCCAAAUGGAAGCGCUACAGAAAUUCGCGAGAACGGAGACCAGCUGUCGCCUCUGCUGGGUACUAACCAUACUUUUGUUGUCUCUUUAUUUGGGUUCUUCGGAGGGCGAAGAGGGCCUCGUCGAUUUGCCCACCCCCGAACCAGAUCUUACCAUCGACGAGUGCCACGACGAGUUCACCAUUGCCUGUGCCAACGCCUCACAGAUAUUCUCCGAUUCCUACGAUCUGUGCGAACUGAACGCCAAUGAGACCAUCGUAAACCUGGAUGUCGAUGUGGAACUGGAGCGACUGCAAAUCGAAUUGGGUUCCAGUGCAGUGUGCGGUAAUAUGCAAAUCUGUGACACCUUGGAUGACGAUCUGGAGUACUUCAAGUGCAUCAAUGAGAACGGAACUCGAAACCUGGAUAUCCUGACCGAGAUAAAUUACAAUGCAACGCAUGCUCAUACACGUCUGCGUGAGGAUUAUGAUGCAGUGCACCGGACUUUCUUGCUUUGCAGCCUGGAUGCCCAGAAAAACUACAUGGACAAUUUGAGGAAGGCCCACAAGGAACUUACAAAAUGUCGAUCGGAAAUCGAUGAGCUUAGCGAGUAAUUAUCGCUUAUCUGUUACUAUAUAAACCAAUUGAUUAAGGGUGAAUAAACACCACUACAUAAAGGCAAAUUA